UAUAUUUGUAUUGUAUAUCUCCUCUCUCUUUCUCUUUGUAACCCUGCCACCCCACAGUCCCAACCCCACCUCAAAAUUGUCGGUGUCAGAUCUCCCUCUUCCCCACCAGCUAGGGUUUCUUCAGAUCCACAUAUCUCCUCGAUUUCACACUCCAUUAUUAAUUAUCCCUUUCCGGAGUUCUUGCAAUUUUGAUUUUUGGGAUUUAGGGUUUUGUUAUAGGAGGUAUUUUGUGGAAAUGUUGAACCCAUUUCUAUGAUCCUUGCUGAGGGAGAGUUUAUGAAGGAUCAGGAUAAGGUGUUAAUAAUAAUACCAGUUUUGGACAAUUUGAAGAGGAUUAGGUGGGACUGGGACUGUUCUUUCGCCAUUCGUAGCAGAGGACGUUGGGGUAAAUGCGGCUGAGUUUUUGAAUUGUGGACUGUUGGUUUUUUGGAUCACUCGAUUCGAAUUUAUAGCUGGGUUUGUGGGGUUUCGGAAUUAGUCAGAAAAAUGCAGCCUGAUCACCGAAAGAAAAGUUCAGCUGAGAUGGACUUCUUCUCUGAAUAUGGUGAUGCAAAUAGAUACAAAAUUCAGGAAGUCAUAGGAAAAGGAAGCUAUGGUGUUGUUUGCUCAGCCAUCGACACACACACUGGUGAAAAAGUGGCAAUUAAAAAAAUUCAUGACAUCUUUGAGCAUAUAUCUGAUGCGGCACGGAUCCUCCGGGAGAUAAAGCUUUUGCGACUUUUGCGCCAUCCCGAUAUAGUUGAAAUCAAGCAUAUUAUGUUGCCACCUUCAAGGAGGGAUUUUAAAGAUAUUUAUGUUGUUUUUGAGCUCAUGGAGUCAGAUCUACACCAAGUUAUCAAGGCUAAUGAUGACUUGACUCGAGAACAUUAUCAGUUUUUCCUUUAUCAGUUGCUUCGUGCCCUAAAAUAUAUACACACAGCUAAUGUCUACCAUCGAGAUUUAAAGCCGAAAAAUAUCUUGGCAAAUGCAAAUUGUAAGCUCAAGAUCUGUGAUUUUGGAUUGGCGAGAGUUGCAUUCAACGAUACACCUACCACAAUAUUUUGGACGGAUUAUGUAGCUACUAGAUGGUAUAGAGCUCCAGAGUUAUGCGGUUCAUUUUACUCCAAGUAUACCCCUGCAAUUGAUAUAUGGAGCAUAGGCUGUAUCUUUGCUGAGGUUCUCACUGGGAAGCCGCUUUUUCCUGGAAAAAAUGUAGUUCACCAACUGGAUUUAAUGACUGAUCUGCUUGGAACGCCUUCAAUGGAUACAAUUUCUCGUGUGCGUAAUGACAAGGCUAGGAGAUACCUAACUAGCAUGAGAAAGAAGCAACCUGUUUCUUUUGCUCAGAAAUUUCCAAAUGCGGAUCCUUUGUCCCUUAAACUUCUUGAAAGGUUACUUGCUUUUGACCCCAAGGACCGACCCACUGCUGAAGAGGCACUAGCUGAUCCUUAUUUUAAGGGCCUGGCUAAAUCUGAAAGGGAACCAUCAUGCAAGUCAAUUUCAAAGAUGGAGUUUGAAUUUGAGAGGCGAAGAGUGACGAAGGAGGACCUCAGGGAAUUAAUAUUCCGGGAGAUACUAGAAUAUCAUCCUCAGCUGAGGAAGGAUUACUUGAAUGGUGUAGAAAGGACUAAUUUUCUGUAUCCGAGUGCUGUUGAUCAAUUCAGGAAACAGUUUGCUCACCUGGAAGAGAACGGUGGUAAUGGCGUUCCAGUGGUUCCAAUGGACAGGAAGCAUGUCUCUCUUCCAAGGUCUACAGUUGUACAUUCAAAUCCAAUCCUUUCGAAGGAACAGCCUAUUGCUGCCAAUAUGAGAGACCGGCAAAAUGGUGAAGAGUCUUGCAGUAGAAACUGCAGAGAUUCUGAUGGCCUUGCAAGUAGUCUAACAAGAACCCUACAGGCUCAGCCAAGAAAUGCCCUAGCCAAACCAGGAAAGGUUGUUGGUCCAGGUUUUACUUAUGAGUCGGGAAAUAAAGAAAAAUAUGAUCCUAGACCUCAAGUCAGGAAUGCGGUAGGGGACCCUCAGAUUAUGCCUCCAGUGUACUCUUACGACAGAAGUGGGGUGGUGAAGCAAGAAAGGCCGGUUGAAACAGAGAGGGAUAUGAAUUCUCAUGCAAAGCCAAUGGCACCAUGUGGCAUGACUGCCAAGUUAGCCCCAGAUAUUGCUAUAAAUAUUGAUAGCAACCCAUUCUAUAUGAUGCGAGCUGGAGUUACAAAACCAGAUCGUGUUGAUGACCGAAUUACCAUAGACACAAAUUUAUUACAGGCGAAAUCUCAAUAUGGUGGAAUUGGAGUUGCGGCUGCAGCAGCUACCACUGGUGCAGCUCAUAGGAAAGUAGGGACUGUUCAGUAUGGUAUGUCCAGAAUGUACUAGAAAAUGGAUCCAAGUGGUGAAAUUGCCUUUAUGAAUACUUGUUGGGUCCUUGUCAGGAAUGGUGGCAGAGACUCUGGGACAAAAGGGUUAUGGUGGUUGUACAGACGGGGGAAUCUGCAGGGAUCUAGUCCUAUUUUCUAAUUGUCAGUUUUUCCUAGUUGUUAUCACAUAAAAGACUAAAUGAUAUUUUCAUCAUGAGAUUCAUGUUAGUGAAAUCAAACCUUGAUUGCCUCAUGGUAAUGUUUGUGCCCAUACAACAGUGAAGGAUCAACUUCUCUUUUUUUGAUCACUGGUUAAAUUAAUUUCCUUUAUUUGCCCCUCA